ACCGGACGGAUCGUUCGAGGCGACUGAGGUGGCGAAAUCGAACGCAGCGGCGGCUCUCUUCGCGCUAUCGAAUGCGGAGGAGAAUAAGAAGGUCGCCUGGUCGGCUGGUGCUGUCCCGCCGCUGAUUAAUCUCCUCCGAAAGGCGACGUGCGCGCGUACCAAGAAGGAUUGCUGCCUCGCUCUUUACAACCUGUCGUUAUUUCCGAAAGCUGCGGAGGACGCGAUUAAGCACGGGUUGGUUCGCCAAGCUGACAGAAGUUAUGAGAGGCUGGAGAGGAGUUAUGAGAGGCUGGAGAGGAGUCAUGAGAGGCUGGAGAGGAGUUAUGAGAGGCUGGAGAGGAGUUAUGAGAUGCUGGAGAGGAGUUAUGAGAGGCUGGAGAGGAGUUAUGAGAGGCUGGAGAGGAGUUAUGAGAGGCUGGAGAGGAGUUAUGAGAGGCUGGAGAGGAGUUAUGAGAGGCUGGAGAGGAGUUAUGAGAGGCUGGAGAGGAGUUAUGAGAGGCUGGAGAGGAGUUAUGAGAGGCUGGAGAGGAGUUAUGAGAGGCUGGAGAGGAGUUAUGAGAGGCUGGAGAGGAGUUAUGAGAGGCUGGAGAGGAGUUAUGAGAGGCUGGAGAGGAGUUAUGAGAGGCUGGAGAGGAGUUAUGAGAGGCUGGAGAGGAGUUAUGAGAGGCUGGAGAGGAGUUAUGAGAGGCUGGAGAGGAGUUAUGAGAGGCUGGAGAGGAGUUAUGAGAGGCUGGAGAGGAGUUAUGAGAGGCUGGAGAGGAGUUAUGAGAGGCUGGAGAGGAGUUAUGAGAGGCUGGAGAGGAGUUAUGAGAGGCUGGAGAGGAGUUAUGAGAGGCUGGAGAGGAGUUAUGAGAGGCUGGAGAGGAGUUAUGGGAGGCUGGAGAGGAGUUAUGAGAGGCUGGAGAGGAGUUACGUUCGACGGACCCGCUUCCGCCCGUCGCACUCCCUUCCGCGUGCCUGCACUCCCUUCCGCCCGUCGCACUCUCUUACGCCCAUCAAACUCCCUCCCGCCGUCGCCCUGCUGCCCGUCGCUUCCCCUAGCGCUCGUCGCACUCACUUCCGCCGUCGCCCUCCCUUCCGCCCGUCACCUUCCCUUCCGCCCGUCGCCCUCCCUUCCGCCGUCGCCAUCCCUUCCGCCCGUCGCCCGUCGCCAUGCCUUCCGCCGGUCGCCCUCCCGUCCGCCGUCGCCCUCCCUUCCGCCGUCGCCAUCCCUUCCGCCCGUCGCCCGUCGCCAUGCCUUCCGCCGGUCGCCCUCCCGUCCGCCGUCGCCCUCCCGUCCGCCGGUCGCCCUCCCGUCCGCCGUCGCCCUCCCGUCCGCCGUCGCCCUCCCUUCCGCCGUCGCCAUCCCUUCCGCCCGUCACCCUCCCUUCGUCUCGUCGCCCUCCCUUCCUCCCAUUGCGCUCCCGACCACCCGCCGCCAUACCUUCCCCUCGUCGCGCUCCCUUCCGCCCGUUGCCCCCCUUUGUCUCGUCGCGCUCCCUGCUGCUUAUCGCCCUCCCUCCCGCUCGUCCCCUCGCAAUCCCCGUAUCUCUCCCCUCGUCGCCCUGGCAUCUCCGUCACUGUCGCCAUCCCUCCCAUCUCCCUUCCCAACUCAUUUGGACCAGUCACGCCCCCUUUCCAACCCACCCACACGGUGGCCCUUCCCCUAAUGAUCGCCUUUCACCUCCACACCGCUUACCUCUCUCCUUCCCCACACCAUUUCCGGGCUCCCCACCGUUCUUCGGAUUGCUCUCUCCCCGGCAUCUCCCCCGCUCCCCACGAAAUGCUUCCCCCCAUCCUCUUCACUGUUUCCCCUGGGCUUCCCGCACUGCUUUUCCAUGUCCCCUUCCCAGCUUCCCCCCAUCCCCUUCGCUUCUUCCCCCCAUCCCCUUCCCUGCUUCCCCCCAAUCCCCUUCCCUGCUUCCCCCCAUCCCCGUCCCUUCCUCCCCCCAUCCCCUUCCCUGCUUCCCCGUGUCCCUUUCCCCGCUCCCCCCCAUUCCCUUCCAUGCUUCCCCAUGUCCCCGUCCCUGCUUCCCCCCACGCCCUUCUCUGCUUCCCCCCAUCCCCCUCCCUGCUUCCCCAUGUCCCUUUCCAUGCUUCCCCCCAUCCCCUUCCCUUCUUCCCCCCAUCCCCUUCCCUUAUAUUCCCCCAUCCCCUUCCCUGCUUCCCCAUGACUCCCUGCUUCCCCGUGUCCCUUUCCCUGCUUCCCCCCAUCCCCUUCCCUGCUUCCCCAUGUCCCUUUCCAUGCUUCCCCCCAUCCCCUUCCCUUCUUCCCCCCAUCCCCUUCCCUUAUAUUCCCCCAUCCCCUUCCCUGCUUCCCCAUGACCCCUUCCCUGCUUCCCCGUGUCCCUUUCCCUGCUUCCCCCCAUCCCCUUCCCUGCUUCCCCAUGUCCCUUUCCCUGCUUCCCCCCAUCCCCUUCCCUGCUUCCCCCCAUCCCCUUCCCUUCUUCCCCGUGUCCCCUUCCCUUCUUCCCCCCAUCCCCUUCCCUGCUUCCCCAUGUCCCCUUCCCUGCUUCCCUGUGUCCCCUUCCCUGCUUCCCCGUGUCCCCUUCCCUUCUUCCCCCCAUCCCCUUCCCUUAUAUUCCCCCAUCCCCUUCCCUGCUUCCCCAUGUCCCUUUCCCUGCUUCCCCCCAUCCCUUUCCCUGCUUCCCCCCAUCCCCUUCCCUGCUUCCCCCCUUCCCCUUCCCUGCUUCCCCGUGUCCCCUUCCCUUCUUCCCCCCAUCCCCUUCCCUUCUUCCCCCCAUCCCCUUCCCUUAUAUUCCCCCAUCCCCUUCCCUGCUUCCCCAUGACCCCUUCCCUGCUUCCCCGUGUCCCUUUCCCUGCUUCCCCCCAUCCCCUUCCCUGCUUCCCCAUGUCCCUUUCCAGGCUUCCCCCGAUCCCCUUCCCUUCUUCCCCCCAUCCCCUUCCCUUAUAUUCCCCCAUCCCCUUCCCCCCUUCCCCCCAUCCCCGUCCCUUCCUCCCUCCAUCUCCUUCCCUGCUUCCCCCCAUCCCCUUCCCUGCUGCCCCCCAUGAGUGA